GCCUCACCCAAAGUGAAAUUUAUCACAUCUUCGCCCUUGGUUACGAACACCCUCCCACCACCGUCGAGCAUACAUAACGGAUCCAUCACAGGCUUUGAAACCAUGGAUUCCUUCAACUCGAUCCAAUGGCGAACCACCUUCGACGACGAAGAAGAGCCCUCCCCCCCCCCAAGCACAUCUGGCUUCCCCAACGGAGAGGAACCGCAGGCAGGCCGUAACACGGACAAAAUAGACAUGACUGGAGUGGGCAAUGGAACCCUGGAGACCAAAGUUUCAGAUCCGCAAACGGAGAAUGAAGGGACGAAGGAUGCAUUUGUUUCAUACUUGGUUACCACAAACACAGACUUUCCAUCGUUUCAGAAACCACUGGUAUCAGUGCGAAGGAGAUUUACGGAUUUCGUGUUUAUCUGGACGAUGCUGACGAGGGAGUUUCCUGCUUGUGCGGUUCCACCACUGCCGGGGAAGCAUAAGAUGGAAUAUGUACGAGGGGACCGCUUCGGUCCGGAUUUCACAAAUCGCCGUGCCAAUUCCCUCAGCCGCUUCCUCAACAGACUAACACUUCACCCUGUCCUCCGCCGAACAAGCCUCCUAAUGGUGUUUCUCGAAUCCCCCGACUGGAAUGCCCACAUGCGCUACAGACCCGCCCGAGGAGCGCCCAACAGCCAAGGUGAAACCGGCGGGGUAUUCGAGGGCCUGACGGACACCUUCCUCAACGCCUUCAGCAAAGUUCACAAACCCGACAGGCGCUUCAUAGAAGUCCGUGAUCGGGCAGACAAGCUGGACGACGACCUCAUGCACGUGGCAGCCAUAAUCACAAAGGUGGUCCGACGAGAAGCGGACCUCGAGGCAGACUACUCCGACCUCUCCAAAGAAUUCCUCAAACUCCUAGAUUUAGAACCGGAGCUCAUGGGGCCGGUGAGCAGCUUUGCUGCCGGCGUCCAAAGCACCAGCAGCGGCCUCCGGAAGCUAAAGGAGCACACAGACCAAGACUACCUCGGCAGCCUUAGGGACUUACAGAGCUACAUCGGCGCUCUAAAAACACUCCUGAAAGCUCGCGAACAGAAGCAACUCGACUUUGAGGCACUAACAGACUAUCUCAACCGCGCCACUACAGAACGGGACCAGAUCGCCUCCGCACCCGCCGGCACAACGGGCCUUGGGGGUCCCACCGGCUUCCUGCGCAGCAAGAUCGAAGACGUGCGCGGCGUCGACCACGAACAGUCCCGCCGCGACCGCGUCCGAAAACUAGAGCUGCGAAUAAAAGAGCUCACGCGUGAGUCGGAGAAUGCGAGGCAGGUCAGCGAGGCCUUCGACGAGGAGGUCAUCCGUGAAGUCACCGACUUCGAGCGCAUCAAGAGCUGCGAGAUGAAGGAUACCCUAGGCGGCCUCGCUGCUGCUAAUGUUGAGUUUUAUAAGGGCAUGAUUGAGAACUGGGAGAAGAUGUUGAAGGAGGUGGAGGAUGGGGAGCGGGAGCGAUAG